CCACCUUUCAUUCCAUCGCGAUACAGUGAGAACAAGUGUUACCGCCUCACUCUUCCACCACCCGCGCCGUUCUCUUCCAUCUCACAAGACAAAGUAAGGUUUCGUCUUUAGAGAGUUAGGUUUUUCAGUGUUUUUUUGCGUCCGCACCAAUCUGCUACGAACCCACUCUUAUUUGAGACAGAGAUUGAUUGACAGCAACAAUGGCAGGAGGAAAGAUAAAGAAGGAAAAGGGAAAACCUUCACAACACACACCAUACCAAGGUGGAAUUACCUUUCACAAAUCUAAAGGUCAACAUAUUCUUAAAAAUCCAUUACUUGUUGAUACUAUAGUUCAGAAAUCUGGAAUUAAACCUACUGAUGUUAUUCUUGAAAUUGGUCCUGGUACUGGUAACUUGACAAAGAAACUUUUGGAUGCUGGUAAGAAAGUUAUUGCUGUUGAAAUUGAUCCUCGUAUGGUUCUUGAGCUUCAAAAACGGUUUCAAGGAACACCCUCUAGUCGCCUCAUGGUUAUCCAAGGUGAUGUGCUGAAGACUGAACUUCCUUAUUUUGACAUAUGCGUGGCAAAUAUUCCGUAUCAAAUAUCUUCUCCUCUCACAUUCAAGUUACUCAACCACCAACCUGCAUUUAGGUGUGCAAUCAUAAUGUUCCAGAGAGAAUUUGCCAUGAGAUUGGUUGCUCAGCCAGGUGACAAACUCUAUUGCCGUCUUACAGUGAACACUCAACUCCAUGCUCGAAUCUCACAUCUCCUUAAAGUUGGAAGAAACAAUUUCAGGCCACCACCAAAGGUUGAUUCCUCUGUGGUACGCAUUGAGCCUAGAAAGCCUCGUAUCGAAGUUAAGCAAAAGGAGUGGGAUGGAUUUUUAAGGAUUUGUUUUAACAGAAAGAACAAAACACUUGGGGCAAUAUUCAGGCAAAAGAAUGUGAUAUCUAUGCUUGAAAAGAAUUACAAGACUGUGCAGGCACUGAAAAUCUCGCAAGAAGGUUCAUUGAAUGAAGCAGACACUAAAAUGGACUUCUCUAAUAUCGCUGAUUUUAUUGACGAUCAAGGAAUGGAGGUGGAUGAUGAUGGAGUAGAUGAUGAUGAGGAUGAAAUGGAUGUUGAGGAUGGAGGUGCAGAUGAGGUGCAAUCUGAAUUCAAAGACAAGGUUUUAGGUGUUCUGAAAGAAGGAGAUUUUGAAGAGAAGAGAUCGUCCAAACUCUCCUUGCAGGAGUUUCUAUACCUUCUUUCUCUAUUUAACAAAGCUGGCAUACACUUCACCUGAUUUUAUAUUUAUCAUUUUCAAAUUUUGCUACUUCUGCAUUGUAUUUUAUUUUUUGUAUUGUUUUAUGAGGACACAUUUUCCAAUUUUGUUUCUGAGAUAAUCAUAUUGGAUCAUUCUCACACAGAACUUCCAUGGAACACAGUAAUAUUUAAGGAACACAUAUCAUUUUGUUUUU